AUUGCAUAAGUUGUAAAGAAUAUUGACACAUAGCAUCGUGAAGUGCAUGUGAAAUUGAUUUGUUUGAAGACUUUCGGGAAAGUCAUCGAUGUCAUAUUGAGACGUCUCCGUCCAGACGCCUCGUAUUCACAUCACUUUUAUUUAUCUUUCAGAGAUCCAGAUUCAUCGAUUGAUGUGUCUUUUUGUCCAUCGUGGUGUUACCUGCAGCGGAGUGAGUUACUGCCUUCCAGACAAUGUCUAUUGCAUCAAAUGACAAAACUAAGCAUAUGGAUUUUAUGAGGGACAACUUGGAUGUAUUGCAUUGAUUGGCGACAGAGGCUGUUGUGAUUGGCGCGGUGAAGACCUGUCGUCUCUUCAGUGAUUCCGUAUGUCAUCCGGACGCCGGCAGUCAGCAGUAAAUGAGAGCCCAUCGCCCAGUGCAGUAAGGGACUUGCUCUGUCGACCGAGUAGCGAGAUUAUCGGCUGUGCCCGCAAGACUGUCGGACCGACCAACCAACAGCUCGAUGUUCCAGCGUUCAUGCUCUACUCGGAGGGUAUCAGCUCCUCGGAACUAGUGCCUCGCUCUUCGCUGUCCGGCAUCGAGUGAUAGCUAUGUGCGGACAAUGGAACACUCUAACAGGACUACCUACGAUGUGUCAUCCAUGCCAGGUAGGAAUGCUGGCAAUACCGACAACGGAACAACGGACAGCAGCUAUACGACGGAUUUAUCUGUCAACACUGAGGUGCCGGUCAGCGAGAUUUCUCUCAGUACGGAGUUUUUCAAUACGACAAAAGUUUUUCAAAGUUUGGAUGCAUAUGUUAACACAAGUGCCCCGCUGGAAACCAGUACUGUGUCGGAGUUUCUUAACUUCACGGAAUCUUUUACACAAUGGAAUACGACAGCCACAACUAUAAGCGACAACUUCACGUUUGAUUACUAUAAUUCAACUAAUUUCACCGAUCCAUCAAACUCGACAGCAACCGGGCCGUUGUUUAGCACCCUAGAGGUGGUUGUGAUCUCUAUCGUGGUGUCAGUGCUGUGUGUGUUGACGGCGGGAGGUAACCUGCUUGUCAUCAUAGCUUUUAAGGUGGAAAAACAACUACAAACUGUCAGUAAUUAUUUCCUUUUAAGUUUGGCUGUGGCAGACUUUACCAUCGGUGUCGUCUCCAUGCCUUUUUAUACUGUCUAUCUUGUGAUGGGGUACUGGCCACUGGGCCCCGAGAUGUGUGACAUAUGGUUGUCUCUGGACUAUACCAUGAGCAAUGCCUCCGUAGCCAAUCUCAUCAUCAUCAGUUUUGAUAGGUAUCUUUCCGUGACAAGGCCUCUCACCUAUCGCGCCAACAGGACCUCCAGAAAGGCCUUGACAAUGAUAUUCUGUGCUUGGGUCAUAUCAGCAAUGAUGUGGACUCCAUGGAUAUUUGCUUGGCCCUAUAUCGAGGGGCAGAGGACCGUUCAGUAUAAUGACUGUUAUAUUCAGUUUUUGAAAACAAAUAAAUACCUCACGAUCAUAACAGCAGCACUGGCAUUUUAUAUUCCCGUGUCCAUCAUGGUGAUUCUGUAUUAUAGGAUUUUUCUUGAAACCCAGAAAAGACAGAAGGAUCUCCCUAAGCUCCAGGCUGCUAAGAGAUAUUACGGCAGCAAAAAGUCCACCAUAUCCAGUGACGAGGAGGGUUACUCAAGUGUCAGUGAAAAACGAAGUCAUUCAUCCCCCGAGCUUCAAGACAUAGAGGAGUAUUCUCGGAGGACUGAAAGAACUUCGUGUAGGAGUAAAUUGUUGUCGUGUCUCAAAAUAGAUAGAGACUCGGAUUACAUAGAGGAAUCAAGUACAAGUGACCCUCCAGCUUCGCCGGGGAAUUCUAACGUGGUGACAACAUCAACCACCAGUGCUGGUCAAAGUAUUCUCCGGGCCAAUUUUCCAUCACGGUUCCGACAAAAUAGUGCUAGCAAUAGUUUAGCUUUAAACCGGACCCCUAAAACAGACGGUGUGAGCUGCAGUGGAUCAAUGAUCCCUUUACUUCCGGUGGAGACUCCUUCCCCAUUCCCCUCACCUGGUCCUCCGCCUCCCUAUGACAUCACUACAUCAUUUUCCCGCCAAAACAGAGCGCCGUCUGCCCCACCUCUGUACGAAACAGACCAAGACUGUGCAACAGACGACAGAAAGGAGACAUUGUACACUGUCCUGAUAAAGCUUCCACGGGACGAUUCAACGGACUCGGAGAACAAACCAUCUAUACGAAUGAUACCCGAUAGCGAUGCUGAUAGUAUUUGUGAGUUGACGCCUUCUGUGCCACGCCACAUUGAUAGCGAUUCUAGUGACGGCAGCCAAGCGGACAACUCCGACGACCUUGACCGAGACAGGGGAUUACCUCCCCUUCCACCACCGAAAGGAACCCCUGCCUUGGGAAGGCGGGCUCAAAGCAAUGAUCAAACUAGACAUGCUAUGCAGCAACGCAUGGCAAUGAAAGUAGCCAACAAAGUUCGGAAGCAACGAGCACGACACAAAAUGCAUUCAAAACGCCACGAACGGAGACAGGAUCAAAAAGCGGCUAAAACGCUGACCGCCAUUUUGUUGGCUUUCAUAGUAACGUGGACGCCCUAUAACAUCUUUGCUGUCAUCAUGGUUUUCUGCAAUGGAUGUAUAGAUGAGACUCUAUAUGCCAUUGGUUACUGGUUGUGUUACAUCAACAGCACCAUCAAUCCACUAUGUUACGCACUAUGUAACGUCAACUUCCGCCGCGCGUUCUGGAAGAUCCUUACGUGUCGGUGUGUUCCAAAACGAGGCUCCAUUCAUCAAAUGAUGAUCGCACCCAUCCACGCCACCAAGUUCAUUCCAAGAUGAAAGAGAACAGGAAGUCGUCUGGUUUUAAAACGUCUUGCCAUUGGCUCAUUAUGUGGUUGCCAUGGUGCACAAUGAAGGUCACAUGACCAAUGUCUUCCCACCGAGAAGUCAAGGAAACAGUCAGGAAAGUUGAAGGUCUCUUGACAUGUCCAUGAAGAAAGGGUGAUAACUCUUAUAUUCAGGAGGUAUUUAACCUUUCUACACCUGAAAGUUGUUGGGUAAUUUACCGGGGACGUCAGUUGUGGAUGACGCCCUUUAAGAAAUAAGGCAAUUUGUUGUUUUUGUAGUUGCGGUGUAACAACACAAAUUUAAAGCAAUCAAUUUUAUAUAACAACAUUGUAAGACACCGGCAGAUUUUUAUUGUCUGGUGCUGGACUUGGAAUGCAUGUUUUGUGAGACUGCACAGCGUGAGCUUAAUGUGUGACUGAGCUGAAUAUAAGUAUACAUAUCCACCUACAAUAUAGUCAUCACAAUCACAGUUAGUGCAAAUAUGAUAUAUGAUUUUAUGCCAUGUUUUCAUUUUCAAAAUAUGUUGCAAUAAUUCGUAUAGUUUUUCCACAAAAGUGCUAAUAAAGUCACAUUUGAAAUGGCUUACAAUGAAGUUUGCCAUUGUUGUAUAUACAGAGCUCAGUCGGGCAAAGUAGUGCUUUUCUACAGUUUUGUAUCUGAAUCGAUAUUUUGUGUUUCCAAAAAUGCAAUACAUGUACAGGUUUAUCAAUGUUUUUUCCUUAUAACCCUUAUUUUAUGAUUUGUUCAAAACUGGGAAAUAUCUCAUUUCUAUUUCAUUCCUACACUGAUAUAUCUGAUGGGUAUACUUCACAUUGGACAAAGUAGGAAAACCUCAAAAUUGUGUUUGGUAAUAAUAAUCGAUUGCUUCACAUUCAGUGUACUUGUUGGCCAGCAUAGCUUCUUCAAUACUGUGUUUGAGGCAUUAUUGUAAACAAUCAUGUGAAAAUGAAUAUGAUUCAUAGUCAUCACCUUUUCUGUGACGAAGGAGUAUUUUCUCUAGACAAAGGCGUAUUUUGAAACAAUUUCAACAAAUAGAUAUAACAGUGUAUUUGAUAUAUUUUGUCUUCAUAUUCAUAGUUGCAAUAUAGAGCUAUAAAGACGAACCGGUACAAGUAUUACAAAAUAUUGCCAAAAGCUGUGUAAGAUAUUGUGCAUAUUAUCUGCAAUACAGAUUAAUAGUCAUAUUUGUCUAAUUUUGCAGUUUCUUUACAUCAUUAUGGGUGUAUACGGAAUUCCAUAUUAACACUGCUCAGUACAGAAUGGAAAACAAAAAACUCAAGCAUUAGUUAUGUGUUUUUUAUUGGUUGCAGACAAGCGAUAUUUAAAAGGUGUUUGGAAGUGGGCGGAUAGCCCGAAAAACAUUUUGAUGAAACCUUUCAUGAAUACUCCAUCAAUAGAAGUGAUCGCAUAGUGUGACCUUGGUCACUCUUUUGGUAUAUUGAUUGUUAUUAUUUGUUAUGUGAUUUCAGAUAAAACGUAUUAAGAUCAGGAGCAAUGUUUCAAAGGUAAAUUUUGAUUUCCCAGGUGAGCUUUGUUUAAUCAUAAUUUAAAAUAGUGAGUGAGUGAGUGAGUGAGUUUGGUUUUACGCCGCUUUGAGCAAUAUUCCAGCAAUAUCACAGAGGGGGGCACCAGAUAUGGGCUUCACACAUUGUACCCAUGGGAUUCGAACCCGGGUCUUCGGCGUGACGAGCAAACGCUUUAACCACUUAAUUUAAAAUAAUUUCAAUAAUGACAAGAUAACAUUAUCAUAAUAAUAGUAAUACCACGAGGAAAAAAGAGAGUCUCCACCGUGUUAAAAAAUAACGAUUACUUUGAAUUUUUACCGCCCCCUCCCGCUACACACUCCAUUCGCCUGAAAUAUCAUAAUGUACAGUUAUCCAUUUGCAAUGUUAUGAGUAUGCUGAGAGUAUGUGUUUAGUAAAAUAUAUAUACACUCAUAUAUAAAUAUAUAUUAAUAAAUGGGAGAAUAUUUGACCAUGAGAAGUGGGUCAUUUUGAACAGCGAGAAUCGUCACUGCAUAUAUAGCAUCAUGUUCAUGGUCAACAAUAAAACAUUUACAAUGA